AUGCGCAGAUCGUCCUUUUCAGACGACCCCAUUGUACCCCCCUCGCGGGAGUACUUGGAAACCCGGGGCUACUCGACCUCCUCCUCAUCUUCGUCAGCCCGGGAUUCAAAAUGGGAUGUGAGCGAUUACUCCCUCAGAUCGUCAGCUAGAGGCCAAGAAGCAUACUCGUCGUCAGCACCCAGACCCCGCUCGCGAUCACGGUCAGCAAAGCCGUCCCGCGAUGUGCCUCGCAAACGCAAAUCAAGCGACGGCAAGAGUAACGGCCACAGCAAAAGCAGCAGCAAAGGCGAUAGCAAGAGCAAAAGUGACAGCAAGAGCAAAAGCAAGAGUAAAAGCAAAAGCUCCAGCACCGAGUCCGGCUCGAGUUCCAGCGCUGCCGCCGUGAGCAGCAGCAGCAGCAGCAGCAGCACCACCACCGUCGCCACUACGAGCGGCAACGCAUUCAACGUCUCCCCUACCGCGCUCUUCAAUGGCGUCCAGUCCGCCUUCAAUGUCUUCUCAUCCUUGCCCAAGUUCUCUGGCUAUUCCGCCGCCGCACCACCCAACGGCGCCACGUCCGUCUCUUAUGAGCUCGCCCUCCCCGACACCCCGGUGACGAACCUCCUCAACCCCUCCAACUUGCAUAUCCCAGCAUCACAAGAAGUCCUCCAGAGACGCCUCGCAAAGAACAUACCCCGCCACGGCAACGCCUAUGUUAUCCUGCUGGUCGGCACUCUCCUGACGUCCCAUUGGCUCGUCCUCGCGGCCCUUUUCGGCGUUGUCAAAUCCGGCCUGUUCAUUCAGUCGUACAACGGCCGGGAUAUCGCCCGGGACCUGGGCGUGAGGAAGUAUGCCUCGAGCCAAGGAAUCAUGUCCGCUUUCGCCGGCGCGGCAGUUUUUGUUGCUCUCUGGGCAUUUUCGUCACUGUUCAGCGUGGUCACGACGCUGGUGAAGGUCGCCACCCUCGUCCUGCUCCACGCCGCCUUUUUCGAGCUCGACGAGACGCAGAGGCCGAUGAGGCCCAGAGUACCUAGCGGUCAGUCCUCGCUGUCGGCUGUGCCGACGCAGGAGCCCGCGGGGACACCUCUGACCCCACAAAACGCAAUUGCAUGGGCGGGACAGCAGAUCCGGUCGGUGAGCGAGAGCCACCUGGGUGCUGCGCCCCCGAACGGCUGGUUUGCCGCUGCUGAAGGGUUCACUGGCGGAAGCAGAGAGGAGUACGCCACGAUGCCGCGGUCACCGCAGCCUGCUGAGCCGCCGUAUCCCCCUAGCCCGCGCAGAGAUGAGUAUAGCGGUCCCAGGGAUGCUGGAGGCCCUUGGGGAGGUCAUUUCGAGUCGGGACGACCUCAGAGCUUCGUGUCGGGUAGGUCGUAUUGA